UUCCGUGUGGUCGCUUCGCUGUUGUCGGAGAGCGUUUCGUUCUGCCGCGUUGCCAAAGCAAAAUACGCGCCAAAAAAUUAACGCCUUGUAUGUGCAUUAAUGCAUAGAGAUGUGUGAACGGUGAACUAGUGCAAAUAUAGAAAGCUAAUUGAGCCAAACGCUAAAAAAAGGUAUUUAACAAAAUUACUCGCGCUUGCCGCCGCAAAAGGCAAACAACGAAAUAAAUAUUCGUCGAAACGGCGACCACAACAAACCAAACAUAAUUGGAUCGCAUGCCGGUUAUUGCGACAAGCACACACACAAAAAAAAAUACGUAUGUGUAUGGGUAAUCUAUUGUCGCGUGUGGAAGAGUUUGGAUUGCAACUACUAAAACUACAAAUAUGAAUAUAAAUAAAACAAACAGCAAAUAACAACCAACAACAACUACACUAGAAAUUUUGCAUAGUUGAGCGAGAAAAAGCAAACAUUUCUCAGUUGUGCUCAAGCUUGUUAACGAGCACAUCAGCAACAACUACAACUACAACAGCAAUAACAACAACAAAGAUAACAUCGUCAUCAUCAUCAGCAGCAGCAGCAGAAUCAUCAUCCAAAAGCCCAGUGCAAAAUGUCCGCAAUUAGCAGCCGCAAUCAGAAGAUGGAACAACAGCGCCAGCUGAUGGACGCUUACAUCCGGCAGAAGCGCGCCUCGCCGGGAAUGGUGCAGGCAAGUGACCUACAGAUCAACCGGCCCAUGUCCGGCAUGCGAAGCAACAGCCGGGAGCUGCAUGCGUACGAUGGACCAAUGCAGUUCAUGGGCUCGACACAGAAUCCGGAUCAGAUACUGAGCAACAAUAGCGGCAGCGUCAACCUGUCGACCUCAGUCCACUCGAAUCGCAACAAUUCGAACAACUUGCGCAGCCUUAGCACAAUCAAUCAGGAAGCCGACUUGAUUGAGGAGAUCUCGUCGCAUGAGCUGGAGGAUGAGGAGAGCAGCCCGGUGACAGUUGUUGAGCAGCCGCUGCCUCCGCUCAGUGCCAACUCGACACAAUCGCAGCGCACUCGCUUGCGUCAGCAAAGCUUCAGCGAUACCUUGGAUGAAGAUGACUAUGCUAAUCGGAAUAUCUCGAAUGUUGCCCCAGUGCGUCCGGCUGGCAUCAGUUCGUCCUACAAAGACGAUGGUGAACUGGAGGGCAGCAAUGGAGCAGGCAAUGGCAGCGGCAGUGUUGGGGGAAGCGGCGAGUCCGAGGGCGAUGUCAUUGGCAACAUUGAUCAGUUCGUUAUGCAACCGGCGCCGCAGGGAGUGCUCUACAAGUGCCGCAUUACACGCGAUCGCAAGGGCAUGGAUCGGGGUCUAUUUCCCAUCUAUUAUCUGCAUCUGGAGCGUGACUAUGGCAAAAAGAUAUUUCUGCUAGGUGGACGCAAGCGUAAGAAGAGCAAAACAUCCAACUAUAUCGUCAGCUGCGAUCCCACCGAUCUGUCGCGCAAUGCGGAUGGUUUCUGCGGCAAGCUGCGCUCCAAUGUGUUUGGCACCUCGUUCACAGUGUUUGACAAUGGCAACAAGGAGAGCACGGAGAGUCCUCGUCUCGAUCUGGCAGUAAUCAUCUAUGACACCAAUAUACUUGGCUUCAAGGGACCACGCAACAUGACUGUGAUACUGCCAGGCAUGACAGAGGAUGAUCAACGCGUCAAGAUCAGCUCAGCGGAUCCCAAGCAGCAAGGCAUACUCGACUUGUGGAAAAUGAAGAACAUGGACAACAUUGUGGAGCUACACAACAAGACGCCAGUUUGGAACGAUGAAACUCAAUCGUAUGUGCUCAAUUUUCACGGUCGUGUCACGCAGGCAUCGGUGAAGAACUUUCAGCUGGUGCACGACUCCGAUCCAGAGUAUAUAGUCAUGCAGUUUGGUCGCACCUCCGAGGAUGUGUUUACCAUGGAUUAUCGCUAUCCUUUGUGCGCCAUGCAGGCCUUUGCCAUAGCUCUGAGCAGCUUCGAUGGCAAGAUUGCCUGCGAGUGAAGACGAGCACACACAAAAUGUCCUGCAUGCAAGGACUUUUCGCAGCACUUGCGAUUGCCUUAUUUAUACUCACUCAUUGUUUCAAGUAAAUAUCUGGAAUAAAAGCAACUUUAAUGUUCUUCUGGCAUUUAAGAGUCAAUCCUCGACUCCAUCGAGAACUUCAGCCAGUUGCAUAUAUCUUAAAUAUCUGUAUAUCUGUCAAUUCACAACUCGAAUUAUAUCUACGUAAAUGCUGAUAUUCUCAGUAAUCUCCCUGUCUAAAUGUUUCACUGCUCAAACGUCAAGUGUAUGUAGUAUACUUAAAGAUCUGUAUUUAGCUAUUCCACAAAUCUAGUCACCCGGCCUGGUAGAUAACAAACUAAAUAUAUAUAUGUAUAUGUUUAGAGAAGUACAUAUAUAGUAAAUUUAUGAGAUAUUGUAUAUUGACGGCUAACUUCAUUGUACCAUUUAUGCAAAAUAAAAAUGUGCUCACCGAUUUUGUAAAACGGGAAAUAAUGAAAGAAAUCAAAACAAUGCAAAAUGCAUAAGAAUUUUAUAAUUUGAAUACAGCUGGCGAGCAAAACGAAUAUAAAAAAAUAUAUAUAUAUAUAUAUAUAUAUACUCGUAAGCAACUAUUUAUAUUUAUAUGUAUUGAUGUGUAUCAUAAACGAUUACUAUUAGUCCAUAAGAGAGCAUUACUAUUUGUGCCGAGCUCUUCUUACAAUUAAGUCGGAAUCUUACGUAGCAUAUAAUUAUUUUUCAACAUAUAUUUAUGUAUGUAUUACGAAUUAAGAAAUUGUCAAUAAAAAUC